AUUAGUACCGAUGAUCAACCCUUAAUCCCCCUUUGUUAUAAUUAUCAAGUAGUAGUACUUCCAACUCUAAUCAGCUAGGCUUGGAUACUUGGAAUCCAAGGAAGCAGCAGGAUUAUUUAACAGCCUCGGAUCAGAGCCUCCGCACGGUUCAGAAUCCUCAGCUGAGCCCCGCAAGAGAAGAGCCAGACAUGGCUUCCAGCUCCAACAACUCCCCAUCAUUCAAGUAUUUGCAAAGGAGAAUCCGUCGAUUAUUGGCCGCGCUUCAUCUCUUCUGAGCCACUUGCUUUUUCAUGGGAUUUCUUCAAGAUCAUACUCGGGUCGUCGUCUCCGGCACGCCGCGCGAUCUUGUCGAAUAUGGGAUACCAGUUCACCACCAAGAGCGCUGACAUCGACGAGAGGGCCAUCAGGAGGGAGAAGCCGGAGGAGCUGGUCAAGGCCAUAGCCGAAGCCAAGGCCGACGCCAUUAAACUGAAUCUUGUUGAGGGCUGCGGUGAUGGGGACUUCAGAGAUCGGCCUACCCUUCUGAUCACUUCAGACCAGGUCAUGGUGAGCAAGGGGGCGAUCAGGGAGAGGCCGAGGAGCACGGAAGAAGCCACAGAAUUCAUCAGGGGGUACUCGGGUGAUCGAGCGUUUGCGGUGAACUAUGUUCUGGUGACCAACCUGAGCACCGGAGGCACAAAGGGGGGCUGGGAUAUACCCGAGAUCUGUUUCCACCACAUACCGCACGAGUUCAUCGAGGAAAUCGUGAAGGAGCGAGACAUGACCUGCGUGGCCGGGGGGCUCAAGCUGACGCAUCCAUCGGUGCUGCCCUUCAUCAAGGAACUAGUGAGCAGAUUCACCUAUAUUCAGCCUACAGCUCCUGCUUUGAAAACAGUGGACAGACUGCAAGCAAAUCAAUUAAACCGUUCUGAUUCCGUUUGCCAUUUUGAUGUGUACGUCCCCUUGUUUGCGCAGGUCGGUACGGCGGACAGUGUCCGAGGGCUUCCGAGGGAGCUCACGGAGAAGCUUAUUCGAGAAUCGCUGGAAGCGAAUUCCUAGCUGGAUUGUACUCCCCCAAAAAAAAUAUAAAAGUGAUCUGAACGCCUUUAUAUUUCUUUACAGAGAGAGUAUUUUUUUAAACAAUCUGUCUCGAGUUUGCUAUCGUGCACUAGUUAUGACGAGUAUGAUCAUUCCGCAAAAAAAAAA